AUGGUCGCCUUCACCAAGUUCUUCAACACUGUGCUCCUCGCGGUCCUCUAUGCGUCAUCCUCAUCGGCGCUGACCGUGCCCACCAACUCCAAGCACGCUACCCAUCGUGUUCGCGAGAUCGCCAAUGGAGCCAAGAUUGAAACUUAUCACCCCGAAUCGACCUACGAGACUUUCAACACCGGAAUUGACCACCCUCUCCGCAAGCGUGGUGCCAGCUUGAAGGAAGCCUCAGAGUCCUUCAUCUCGUCCCACCUCAAGGUCGCGCCGUCUUCUGUUCUCCAUCACAGCGGUUUCGCUGGUGAGGUUGCGACGCACUCUUAUGCUAAGCAAGUCAUUAACGGCAUCCCUGUCGCCAACGCUGUUGCCAACGUUGCUUUCAACUCUGACGACCUCGUCGUUGCCCUCGGUUCUUCGUUCGUUAAACCGACCAAGGUUGCCGCCACCACUCCUUCUGUUUCCCUCGAGGAUGCCAAGACCACUGCCGAGAGCGCCUUGGAUGCUGCCUUCCUUGACGAAGUCGAGCCAACCAUCGAAUACUUCAUCAAGGAGGACCACUCCGCUGUUCUCGUUCACGUCUUCCAAGUCCGCAACGAGGAGAAGGGUCUCUGGUACAACGCCUUCGUUGAUGCCCAGACCAACACGCUCGUUUCCGUCACCGACUAUGUUGCCAAGGCCACAUACCGCGUCCUCCCCAUCCAGAAGGAGACUCUCCUCGAGGGCUUCGAGGAUGUCGCUGAUCCCCAAGACACUGUCGCCUCUCCCAACGGAUGGCACUCUGAUGGCACCACCAACUCCACGACUACUUCCGGCAACAACGCCAUUUCCUACAAAUCGUCGCAAUCCACCGGAACCGCCGCUGAGACCAGCGCUGGGGUCUACUCUUAUAUCCAGAACCCAGCGCAGGCCCCCACCGUCACUGCCAAUGUCAAGGCCGCCAUUGUCAACAACUUCUACCUUGUUAACAGCAUCCACGACAUUACCUACCGCUAUGGCUUCACGGAGGCCGCCUUCAACUUCCAGAACAACAACUUCGGCAAGGGCGGCAAGGGCAAUGACCGCGUGACUUCGUCGAUCCAGGACAGCGCUGGUUCCAACAACGCUGACUUCUCCACUCCCCCCGACGGCCAAAGCGGACACAUGCGCAUGUAUAUCUUCACUUCUACCUCUCCCAACCGUGACGGAGCCCUCGAAAACGAUGUCCCUGUCCACGAGAACACCCACGGUGUCACUAACCGCAUGACUGGUGGUGGAACUGGCGCUUGCCUCCAGAGCACUGAAGCCGGUGGGAUGGGUGAGGGCUGGAGUGAUGCUAUGGCCGACUGGACCGAGAAGAACUCCUCCGCCGUCCCCGACUAUGUUAUGGGUCAAUACAUUAUCAACAGCGCCGCAGGUAUCCGCACCCACCCGUACAGCACAAGCAAGACCGUCAACCCGCUCACCUACGCCAGCGUUGGAACGCUCAACGAGGUUCACAACAUCGGUGAAGUUUGGGCCAACCUUCUGCACAACGUCUAUGCCGCUCUUGUCGGUGCACACGGCUGGGCUGCUGAUGCCAAAACCAACCCUGAUGGCACUGCUGGAAACGUUGUCUACCUUCACCUCUUCCUUGAUGCUCUGGCCCUCCAGCCUUGCAACCCCACUUUCUUGACUGCCCGCAACGCAUGGCUCCAGGCUGAUGUCAACCGCUACAGCGGUGCCAACCGUUGCUUGCUCUGGAAGGCAUUCGCCAGCCGUGGUCUUGGUGUCAACGCUGCCAACCACAAGGACAAUGCCGACAUCCCCUCCGACUGCUGA